AUGGUUCCCGGUCCAGAGAUCAAGGUGCCCUCUCACUUCAGCACCAACACCAAGACCACUACCACCGCCGCCCGCAUCAAGCGCUUCGGCGCAAAGAAGGCCGUCAAGCCCCUCCCCGGCACGGCAAACUACGUCUCAAACCCCCGUCCGCCCAAGGGACAUCUCCGUCCUAGCACUCUUGGCGAGCUACCCAUAAGCAUCAACAGCAACAAGGACCCGCGCUUCGUCCUCUACGGUGACCUCUACUUCCAGGACGACACGUUCGGUGUCCCGCCGGUGAACAAGGUCAAGGGCUUCACGCACUACAAUGUUGCCUUCUGGAUGGCUACGAGCGGGCCGGCUGAUAAUGCUCUAGCUUGGACGCAGGCUACCGACGAGCAGAGGAAGAAGAUCAAGAAGGCAUACAACGAUGCUGGCAUCAAGCUCAUGGUCUCCGCCUUUGGUGCAACCGACACUCCUCAGACGGGCGCUGGUCUAGGCAACGCAACCAAGACGGCGAACCGACUGGCCGACUUUGUCCGCAAGUACAACUUCGACGGCGUCGAUGUCGACUACGAAGAGAUGGACCACUUUGCUCAGGGCAAGUCUGUUCCCUGGCUCGUCACCCUUACCAAGCAGCUACGUCGUCGUCUGCCUCGGGACCAAGGCUAUCUCCUCACCCACGCGCCCAUUGCUCCUUGGUUCUCCAAGCAGAUUUACAAGGACGGCGGUUACACCGAGGUGCACAAACAGGCUGGAGAGGACGUCGACUUCUAUAAUGUGCAGUUCUACAAUCAGGGCAAGGACGCAUACACGAGCUGCGACGGGUUGAUCUGGGAGGGGCCAAAGGAGUGGCCCAGCACGUCCCUCUUUGAGCUGGCCAAAUACUCUCACAUUCCCCUCGACAAGCUCGUCAUCGGCAAGCCCGCUCUCCCCACGGACGCGGCCAACGGGUACGUCUCGAAGCACGACCUGGGCAAGUGUGCGCAGGAGGCUGAGAAGGAGGGCUGGAAGGCUGGCUUGAUGUGGUGGGAGUAUUCUAAGAGCUUCAGCGCUGAGCAGCUCAAGCGAGUGCUGUUCCACUGGUCGUAG